CCAAGGCCUGAGGGUCACUUUGUCAGUGAAGACUUAACUAAAUACAAAGAAAGCAAGAGCUAAAUGUGAGAAGCUCAACAUCUGACUGUAGCAAAUGCCUAUAAAGCAAGAAGAAAAGAAAAGAAUUUCUUAGUAAUUAAACCAUUGCCUUUCAAUCAAUAACAUUAAAGUGAUUUCCUAGACACAUGUGGUCAGGAUUUGAAAUGUCUCCAUUCAAAGUUAAUGACAGAUCAAAUGCAAACUCACCAACUGCAGCUGCAUCUACGGAGACGUUUUCUAACCCAGAGCAUUGUGAUGCCUUCUUCCAAAAUUUGAAUGACAUGAGAGUUGCAGAACUUUUGGUGGAUUCCACAAUUGUACUGGAAGGUGUGAUUCAUAAAGUUCAUCUUCUAGUUCUUUCAUGUGUAAGUCAGCUUGCUUGCCAAUGGAUGGAAAAUGAAGGUUCUAAUGUUAUGUUAUCUGAUAUGAAUGGUACCAAAACUAUCAAGCUAGAUGGUAUAACAAGUCAAAAUGGCUUGAAAGCUUUAAUAAAGUUUGCCUACACUGGAGAAAUUGAUCAUAUGGAACCAACACAAAUAUUACAAGCUUUCAGUAAUCUCAAGAUGGACCGCCUGUCACAGCUUUAUAGGCUGAAGACAAAAUCUUCUGAAAUCAAAAUGAGUACACCCAUAGCUUCCAUGGAAAGACAAGAGAUUAUGAAAAAGAUGAAAAUGCUUUGGGAAAGAGGAAUCGGUUGUGAUGUCAAACUACAAGUAAAUGAAAAGUUUUUUAAAGCUCAUCGCAUAGCUCUGGCAGCAGGAGCAGAUUUUUUUUCAUGCCAUGUUUUCUAGUGGCAUGAAAGAAUCCCAGCAAUCCAUAGUGAAGCUGACUUCCCUCUCUUCUUCUACUCUCUCUACAAUUCUGAAUUUCAUUUACUCUGGAACAAUCUCUCUCAGCUGGGAUAACAUCUUUGAGGUGAUGGAGGCUGUUUUACAAUAUCAAGUCGUAAGUGCCCUGCCUCUCUGCACCAAGUUCAUACAGAAGGAGAUCAAUGAUGAGUACUGUCUCGAUUGCUUACUUUUAGCUGAGGCAUUCAAUCUGACUGAUCUUAUGAAGUAUGUUGAACAGUACAUCUUGAAUAACUUUCGAAAAGUGUCAUUGCUACCAAAAUUCCAAGACCUUUCUGCUGAAAAACUUGCUAAUUUACUGGAGAAUGAUGGUCUCUGUGUUUCAACUGAGAUGGAGGUGUUUUGGUCUGUUCUGCAUUGGAUAGAAGAGGACAAGAAAGCUCGAACAGAGCUGGCACCAAAAGUAAUGAAAAGUGUGAGGUUCCCACUGUUGUCUCCUAAAGAGCUGAAAGAGGUUUGGGCAACUGAAAUUAUGAGAGACAAUCUGGCAUGCAAAAGUAUUUUGGAGAGCUCUUUGUCGUGCAGUAAGUACAACUUGGGAAACAAAGGGGUAAUGUGCAAAGCCCGCACUCCAGGCCAAGUGCUGGUAUUCAUUGGGGGAGACCACCUGAAUAAUGACUAUAGCAAGAGGCUCCCUAGCAAGAUGCUCUGGUUUGCCAACCGCUUCCUCACAGAUGCAGACAACAGAAAUUCCACAGAAUGGCACCCACUCUCAUCAAUACCAGACCUUCCACGGUUUCGUCAUGCAGUAGCAGUGUUUAAUAAUCAGCUGUAUGUAUUUGGUGGAAGUCGCUACUAUGGACAACGGGACAUUCUGAAAUCAGUAAAAAGGUAUGACCCAGAUGAAGAUUCUUGGGAAGACCUCCCAGAUAUGAAUGAAUGUCGCAAUUAUUUUCCUGUGGUGUGCGUAAAUGGAGUGAUGUAUGCUCUUGGAGGAAAUAUGGACGACUUUCAUUGUUUGAGUUCUGUGGAAUGUUAUACACUAGGAGACAGUGCUUGGAGAUUUGUGGAGCCCCUAGAUAUUCCUCUGUGUGGUCAUGCUGCAGUGACAUGGGAUAAGGAAAUCUAUAUCUCAGGGGGAUGUGACAAUAAAUACAACUGCACCAAAAAUGUUUUUCAGUACAAUGCUUUGAAAGGAUGCACUCCCCAAGCCUCCAUGUGGAGUGAGAGGGGAGGUCAUGUGAUGCAAGUCAUAGGAGACCGGUUCUAUGUAGCUGGUGGGCUGAGACAAUCAUUCAUUGGCUAUACCGACCAGUACCUCUGCGAGUGCUACAACCCACUGGAGGACACAUGGACAGCAAUUGCCAGUUUGCCAAGACCUCAUGUUUCUCCAGCAUCUGCAGUCCUUGACAGCAAACUGUAUAUUCUAGGGGGCUUUUGUGCUGAGACUUAUAAGGACUGCCAUCUGAUGCACUGCUAUGACCUAUUAACAAACAGGUGGAUGUGUAUGGGUGCCCUUCCUGAAGCCUUUGCUGAUGUUGCAGCGUGUGUUCUUGUAGUUCCAGCUCGACUCAAACAAUAAGCAGAUAUCAACCUACAUCCUGUAUGGGAUUUCAUUGAUUGUGAUUGUGAAACCUUUUUCAUGCAACUUAGGAAUUCAGUUUUAAGAAAAUGGUUUAAUCAAACUGCUAAUAUUCUGUGUGACCUUGAGGAUCACCAUCUUCACAAAGAAAAGUUUGGAAUGAUGUUUAUCAGUUGAUAUUGGUUUUAGUUUUCAUCUGACAUUAUUAAACAUUUCAUAGUAAUAUAAGUCUUCAUAAUAAUCAAGAAAUAUCAGUAAUUCAGAUAUGAAUGUGUUAAUAUUAAAGAUUGUUGUCGUAAAGUAGUAUUCAU